AUGGCUGAAACACGGGGCCAUCCAAGCAAAAAACCUCACCUAGUACGACAUUCCCUCCCAACUGCUGGCACCUCCACAUCUUCUCAUAACAUCCAACGCCACAGAAAUUUUACUGUUAAACCUACAGGACAGAUCAAUCUACGCACCACAUAUCUUGACGCUACAGCAGCUACUAGUACUGAAAACCCAGAACUCGAGCUCGUCAUCAACACUCAGACUAACCUCAAGGAUCCUUGGAACGAGUCUCAUGGCGACACUGGUCUGCUAUCUGACAUGGUGCCUCACAAUGUCAUGGUUGGAAAUGCACAACGAAGACGGACAGCUGGAGAUAAUCCCAUUCAUCUUUGGCUCCCUGAACGUCAAACCUAUCCUGAUAAAUUCAUUCGACUGGAAGGGUGUGGCGAGGCAAAUCACUCAUGCCAUGACUGUGAAGAUUCAAACACAAUAUUUUGUUGUGAUGAUUGCUUCUCUGUCAAUUUAUAUUGCCAGUCAUGCAUUUGCCGCCUCCACCAGAACAUGCCCCUGCAUCGACUCAAAAUGUGGCAUGAUGAGUAUUUCCACCCCAUAAUGCUCAAACAACUCGGUUUGCAUAUACAACUCAGUCACAGCACUGUUCAGCCCUGCUACAAUCCAAAACCUGCCUAUGACGACGAUUUCACCAUUAUAGAUGUUCAUGGGAUCCAUGAAGUCGCUCUCGACUUCUGUAAUUCAACAUCCACCAAUCCAAGAACAGCUGCCACAUUUACAGUUCUUGAACGCUUCCACCUGCUGUCAUUUGAGUCCAAAGUAUCCGCUUUCAAGUUUUAUCACUGCAUUGCACGUCGGAGUGAUAACACAGGUGUCAACCCUAUCAAGGAUCGAUAUUCUGUCUUUUUGAGAAUAAUGGCAGAGUGGCACAACAUCAAAGCACUCAAAUGUGCAGGUCGUGGUCACGAUCCAGCUGGAGUUGAUGCCACUCAAGAAGGAGAACUCGUUGUUCUCUGUCCUGCAUGUCCCCACCCUGGCAAGAACUUGGCUGAGACAUUAAAUGAUGUCGUGCCAAGAAACCGAUGGAUCUACUCCUUAUUUUUAGCUAUUGAUGCCAACUUUCAUCUGAAACAUCGCUUGGCAUAUCUUCAAGAAAAUGGAACUCUGACACAAGAGAAAAGUACCUGCAUCAGUCAUAACACAGUCAACAUGGCAGACACGAAAGCUUCAAAGGGACUUGCAGCAAUGGGCGUGGGCACUGUAGUGUGCGCGAGGCAUGACAUGCGGUUAGCCAACGGUGUUGGUGAUCUGCAGAAAGGUGAAAAAUACUUGAAUAUGGACUAUAUUGUCUUCUCCGCACUGUCACGCUUUUCGUCGAUCCCAGCCAUCAAUUUUUCUUAUGAUAUCGCAUGCCAGUGGCACAAGAAGCUUUGGCAUUGA